UGGGUAACGGACGAAAGGGGGUGGCUACAACCGGGUCUUUUCUCGAUUAAAAAAAUAAAAAAAAAAACGUAUCGUGCGAAUGAGAACUCUACACUCAGCAUGAGUACAAGUCUCAUUGUGAGUAACAGAGAGCUAGAGAGCGGUAACGAAGAGGUGGAUAUACCCCCGAACGCAUUCACGCAGAUUGUCCCAGAGAAUUCCUCCUACUACUGCUUAGUGAUAGAGUAGAUACUGUAGUGUUCACAUCACUCCUGGAAGGGGAGUAGUAAUUGACAAAAAAAAAAAUUAUUUGUGUCAGACAGAUAACAAUUAAAAUUUGUAAAUUUUGUAAAAGUUGUCGAGUUGAUUUUUUUUUUUUUCGUACUGACGUUGAUGGGGAUUUUAGUGAGGGGUUGAUCGGUUUUUGAUGAAUAUUUUGAGGGGGGUAGGAUAUAUUUUUUUAACGUUUGACAGUCCCAGGAGUUUAGUGAGUUGAAGCGGUUGUGGUGUGAAGAGGAACGUCAUCGACGGGAUUUUUCAGUGAUAUAUUCCGGGGGGUGUUUUUGCCCACUGGGGGGUGAGAUAACGGGAGUUGCAGUGGGGACACACCUCUCAUUUUUUUUUCCGAUACUGAGAUGGUUUAAUUUUCUUGUCGCUGCGUCCUUGGACCGAUGUGUCUGAGUAUCUGAGGGGAUUUUCCACUUGUGGAGGUUGAAAAGUGUUUGCACUACUGUUGACUGAUUCAGUACUUAAUCGAAGGUGAUUUCUGGGGCUCUGGGGGUUGUGGGGUGACAACGGGGAUUGCCGGUGAGUUUUUUUUUUUACACUGAGGUACGAUCUGGGGAUUUGUUGCGACGAUGGGUGGAUGCACUUCCAAGGAUACUGCCUCGAGCGAUGAUAAGAAGAAUACAAUGGUUGACCAAGCAGUAUUGGACAAGCUGGAGGCUGGUUUCACCAAGCUCGCUGGCUCCGACAGCAAAUCCCUCCUGAAGAAACAUCUCUCCAAGGAGACCUUCGAUGCCCUAAAAACCAAGAAAACAUCGUUUGGAUCGACCCUUCUCGAUUGCAUUCAAUCUGGGGUUGAGAAUCUCGAUUCUGGAUUUGGUAUUUAUGCACCAGACGCUGAGGCUUACAAUGUCUUUGCUGAUAUCUUUGAUCCAAUGAUUGAGGAGUAUCACGGUGGAUUUAAAAAGACUGAUAAGCAUCCACCCAAGGACUUUGGUGAUGUUGAUACGCUCGGCAAUCUUGAUCCAACUGGCGAGUACAUCGUCUCAACUCGUGUGAGAUGCGGCCGUUCCCUGGACGGUUAUCCCUUCAACCCCUGCUUGACUGAGGCCCAGUACAAGGAGAUGGAGGACAAAGUCUCCAGCACUCUGUCUGGCCUCGAUAACGAGCUCAAGGGUACCUUCUACCCACUCACAGGAAUGAGUAAAGAGGUACAGCAGAAGCUUAUUGAUGAUCACUUCCUGUUCAAGGAAGGUGAUCGUUUCCUCCAAGCGGCCAAUGCCUGUCGUUUCUGGCCAACUGGCCGUGGUAUUUUCCACAAUGAUGCCAAAACAUUCCUUGUUUGGUGCAAUGAGGAGGAUCAUCUUCGCAUUAUUUCAAUGCAGAUGGGCGGUGACCUGGGACAGGUCUAUCGUCGUCUCGUAACAGCUGUCAACGACAUCGAGAAACGUCUGCCUUUCUCUCACGACGAUCGUCUCGGUUUUCUAACAUUCUGCCCCACCAACUUGGGUACAACGGUUCGUGCAUCAGUGCACAUCAAGGUCCCCAAAUUAGCAGCAAAUAAAGCUAAACUCGAGGAAGUCGCUGCUAAAUUUAAUCUCCAAGUGCGCGGCACACGCGGUGAACACACCGAGGCUGAGGGCGGUAUUUACGAUAUCUCCAACAAGCGUCGUCUUGGUCUCACUGAGUACCAGGCAGUCAAGGAGAUGCACGAUGGCAUCGCCGAGCUCAUCAAGAUCGAGAAAGAGCUGUAAAUCUUUCAAGCCCCUUCAUCCCCUCCAGCUGUUUGUCAAAAAUCAUCCCCCAUACCUCAUUUUCCUCGUGCCCAUUUUGACUGAGGAUGAGAUGAGAUGAGCAUAGACGACGAGAUCGUAUUUACAAUCAAAAUGUUGAAUCAAACGUCUAGCAUUUUUAGUAGUGACUAAACAAGGAAAAUAAAAAUAUCUUCUCAGUCCGAUGGCCACUCGAACUCUUAUCAAACUGAUUUACAAUAAUUCUAAUGAAUUUCCGUAUUAUCUGGCCCAAUAAAUAAAUAAAAAUGGAGAAGAAAUUCACUCGUGCAGUUCAGUGUAGAAUGGGCAUUUUUUUUUCAUUUUAUUUCACUUUUUUUCUGUCGUUUUGUCAACGAAAAAUUUUCCGCUUUUCUCUGUUUUCGGAUGAAACCGUCAAAUCGCUUUUGUAUGAUUUCCCCCACUGCUUUUAACUUCAUUAUAAUUUUUCCUGGUAUUUAAUAAAUAUUCAGUUUACCAUGGGGGAGUGUGUUUUCGUCGUUUACCCCUUGUCCUCUGCCAAAAUAUAAAGAAAGCAACUGUGAUACGUAAGUAGUUGCAAAAUUGUACGAACCCCUCGUGAAAAUGAUAUGGAUACAUCCGCGAUUUUCCGAUAAUUUGCUUCUACAUCGAGAUUAAUCGUAUUUCUCCCCCUCCAUUUAUGGCAGAACAUUCAUGUCUUUGUUUUAUUUGUCAUAAAACGAAUUUUCGUAUCGUCUGGAAUUGAAAGCACACACAAGCGAAUUAGAUGGAUUAAUUCCUCAAAAGUCACUGUUAUGAGAAACCAGAUGUAUCGAAUGCAGAAUUAGAAAUUGAAAAAAAAAACAAACACGAAUAAAAAAUAUUACACCGUGA